GGCUGUGCUUCCGUGCGUAAUUGGAAUCGAUUUCACAGUAACAUCUACCUCUCUCCCUCGCCCAGCAUGAAGGGCUUCACCAAGGCGGUCAAGCGGACGCCGUUCAUGGUGACCAGCAAAGUUGGCAUGUCCAAAAAGUCCAACGAUCCUGAAUUCGAUGACUAUCAACGUCAUUUUGCGGAAAUGGAAAAGGCUAGUGAGAAGUUUAUUAAGGAUGUCAAGUCUUUCCUUGAUGCUGUCAAUGGUCUCUUUACCUGUGGGGCGGGCUAUGCAACGCACUUUUCGGUCCUCAUGCAUCCCAUCUCGGGCGAGUACGAUCUUAUUGGUAAACAUCCGGAAGCUGGGCAGACUAUUCGUAAUGUCGACAAGUAUGAGACCGCGAUGGAAGAGCUACGGGCGAGUGUCGGACCCGAGCUUGAGCUCAUCGAGAGUAGAAUAACGGGUCCAGCGAAGGAGCUGCAGUCGAUAAUGAAGCUGAUCAGGAAGAGCAUCACGAAACGAGACCAUAAGCUGAUGGACUACGACCGCUUCAACAAUUCCCUGACUAAAUUACGCGACAAGAAGGAGAAAUCUCUGAGUGAUGAGAAGAAUUUAUUCAAGUUGGAACAAGACUUUGAGUUGGCGACAAACGAGUAUGACUUUAUCAACAAUGCGUUGAAGACUGAUCUACCGCGUUUCAUGACGCUCUCGACCCAAUUCAUUGAUCCCCUCUUCCAUUCAUUCUUCUAUAUGCAGCUUAACAUCUUCUACCUAAUUCUCGAAAAGAUGAAUAAUUUUGCAGAGACAGCUAAAUACGACAUCUCCAAUGUUCCUGGUCAACAAAUCUGCGACGAUUACGAGCAGAACCGAACAGACGCAUGGAGUCAGAUCGAAGAAAUGAAUAUCACUAAGAGGAUUAUCUCAGUUUCGAAACUUGUGCAACAGAAUCGCGCGGCAGGAGGCGGCUUAACGCGUAACUCGUCAAGUGCGACGACCUCAUCUUACGGUAGUUCCACAAAGGCGCCAGCCCCGCAUUACACAGCCCCUUCCGCGUCGUCAUUUAAGAAAUCCCCUCCACCCCCUCCCCCCGCUGCUGUAGCUGCUCCACCACCACCUUAUUCUGCCUCUGUCGUAGCUGCUACGAAGCGCGCGCCUCCUCCUCCACCCCCUCUGAAGCCUAAGCCGGCUGCGAAACCGGCAGUGCAAUAUGUAGUUGCCUUGUAUGAUUUCGCUGCUCAGGCUGAAGGUGAUCUGUCGUUCAACGUUGGUGAUCGAAUAGAAAUCGUAGAAAGGACGGGAAGUGCAGAAGAUUGGUGGACGGGGAGGUUGAAUGGUCAACAAGGGGUGUUUCCUGGUAACUACGUGCAAGAGACGUAGAUGAACUGAGACGUACGAGCGCAGAGACUAUAAGAAGCCGUAUAUUUAUUACUGUUUAGCUAUUAUGAACAGGAGAGAAGAUAUUCAAUGGACCCAUACGUUGU